GCAAGUAGAGUAAACAGCACCAUUCACAUAGAUUUGAAUAGAAGUGUUUAUUAAUUAAUCAUGUUUUUCUGCACUAAUGGGUACAAGCUUUGGUUACCACGUGCUUAGGCUGGAAGGUUUGAGGGGUCAAUGGAGGAUUGCCCCUAGACCUCUGCUAUUAAUUACUCCAAGAUAUGUGGGAAUAGUGUUACCCAUGACCUGAGUGGAGACCAAAUAGUGUGUAGGGUUAACUUUUGGAGGGAAGCAGUAUCAGGGAUACGUGGAUGCAGUUGCAUACAGAUACAAGAACUCAUAGGUGUCUCUGUGCUGGGACUUUUUAACUGUUUUCUAUUUGGACACUUUAUUCUGGGGUCCCCCACCACAGCACAUUUCCAGCUGAGGUAUACUAUUGCACGGUUAGUGUUAUAUACACUAGAAGAGGCAAGCACUUGUAAACACUGCAGAUUGACAACAGCCAUAGAGCAGAACUAAUAAAGAGUUGUGGAGGUUAUUUUUAGCUAAGCAGGCAGGUACCUGAACGUGUAGAAAGUUUUGCCAAGAGAGGGAGCACCAAGAGCAGAGAAGUUUGAGUACAUGUGCCAUCUGACGCCUUGUAUGUGUAAACACACACACAUGCAUGCUAGGGCCCUCAGGACAUGCAUAUGACCCAGAACAUAGGAGAGAAACCAUGAGUUAAAAUGCCACAUUCUGAUGUAGAGGAAUAUACCACUGGCGAGGAGGCGUCCAAGGAAAAGCAUACACCUAGAAUCUAUGUCUCCAGAAAGACCAGUAGGAUUCUGAUUAAGUUUCCUGAUGGCAGCAAUGUAGAAGUUGCAAACCCUCCAGAGAAGUCGAAAGAUGACAGCAGCAUAUCAGCAAAAAAUGGACAGCUAUCAAAGACUGGGACAAAUUACCUCACGAGGCACACACAGAAAAGUCCAUCGGCGCUGGAGAACAGGACACCAUCUCCAUCUGGUGGCAGCAGGACACCACCCAGUGGUGUGGGUCAGGAUUACGCAGUCAUGGACCUGAGCACAGACAACAUGCCAGCCAUCGAUACACCAGAGGCAUCACAUUUAUGCUCUAGAAGGUUACGUCAUAUUCUAAAGAAACUUGAUCAUGAAGAAUUGUCUAAAGAGGAUUUAAAGCGCAACCUGGAGUAUGCUGCUUCAGUCCUGGAAACAGUGUACAUUGAUGAAACCAGGCCUAUUAUAACAUGUGACCGUGCCGUGGACCGUGCAUGCAGUGACCACUCCUCAACUUUGAUCACCACUGGAGGAACCCCUGGCUCCACUAGUAAAAGGUCCCAGAUGGGCAGAGCAGAGGCUCCCCCAGGUAGGGCAGCACCUGGACAAGUUUACAUCGAGGCCCUCACAGGGGAGAGGCGUUUAUGUGAUGAGGAUGAUGAACUCAGCGAGGUGGAACCCGAUGCUGUCCCUAGCGAGGUGCGGGAUUGGCUAGCUCUUACCUUUACUCGCUCUAUGAGCAGUUCGGGGCGCAAACUUCGAGAAGAGAAACCCAAAUUCCGCACAGUGGCUCAUGCAAUCCGCGCAGGCAUCAUGGUAGACAAAAUCUAUCGGCGGAUGUCUGCUUCCCUGGGGAUGCAAGUUCCACCAACCGUGUCAACGAUGCUGAAGAAUAUCAAUGAAUGGUCAUUUGAUGUGUUUGCAGUAAAUGACAUCAGUGAAGGUCAUGCUCUCAAGUAUGUUGCCUAUGACUUAUUGCAGCGUUAUGAUCUCAUUGCCAAAUUUAAGAUCAACAUAACCUACUUGGAGAAUUUUCUUCACACAAUGGAGCAGGGUUACAGCAAAAAUCACAACCCGUACCACAACCUAACACAUGCAGCAGAUGUUGCACAGACUGUCCACCAUAUUAUGAGUCAAAGUAGACUUGUAGACUGGUUAACAGAUUUGGACAUCUUGGCAACAAUUAUAGCAGCAUGUAUUCAUGACUUUGAACACACAGGAACAACAAACAACUUCCAUGUUAUGACUGGGUCUGAUUAUGCAAUGUUAUAUAAUGAUAGAGCAGUUUUAGAGAAUCAUCAUGUGAGUUCUGCAUUUAGACUGCUGAAGCAGGAAGAGAAUAAUGUACUGUCCAAUUUAUCCAAAGAGGACUUUAGGUACUUCAGGUCGUUAGUGAUAGAUAUGGUGCUGGCCACUGAUAUGUCAUUCCAUUUUCAGCAGAUCAAAAAUAUGAAGAAUUUACUCAGUAUGCCUGAAAACAUUGACAAGCCAAAAGCCCUAUCUCUACUGCUGCACUGUGCCGACAUAAGCCACCCAGCCAAAGACUGGACCUUGCACCACAGGUGGACAAUGCUCCUGUUAGAGGAGUUCUUCCAACAGGGAGACAGGGAGAAGCAACUUGGCCUUCCAUGUUCACCACUAUGCGACAGGGAAAACACAUUAGUAGCAGAAUCACAAAUAGGUUUUAUUAACAUCAUUGUUGACCCUAGCUUCACUGUGAUGGGAGACAUGCUUGAGAAGGUAGUUACCAAGCAAAUGACAGGCCAGAGCCCUAAAAACUCAAUAUCAGAAGAGGAAGAUAAGAAGAGUCGGCGUGGAUCAUCUAUAAGUGGAGGAUCACGUAGUGGUGAGAGGCCUCCCAGUAUAGGCAGUACAAGGAGGAGUCUUUCACUUUCUGGCACAGUAAAAUAUGAAUUGAAGAGAAGUUGGGAGCAACCACUAGCUGAAAAUUUGAGAAGAUGGAAAGAGGAAUCUGUUAAAAAUGGAGAGAAGAAACCCUCUGUAGAUGGUAGGAAUUCCCGUCAAAAUUCAUCCUCAGAUUUAUCAGCAAACACACACAAAAACAGUAGGGAUGAGAGUGACUCCCCAAGUAAUCAAAACACUGGUGAUGAGAUACAAAUAAAGCCUCUCCAAAAAGGUGUCUCUCGGCAGACCUCCACUUCCACAUUGUUGGCUUACACAAAGAAACACCAUCAGCCUCCCAGCAAGUUGACAGAAGAGGAGGACAGCCAACAGGGCUUGUUAUGAUAGCACUUAGAUCAAACUUCUUCCUAAUAUGUUACUGUGUAAGAUAAUGUGAAAUAUAAACCUGUUCAAAAUACAUUUUUAAAUGGAUAUUCCCUUUGUUGGUGAUAUGUGGUUUAUGUAAAAGAGAGCAGUUUUUUUUUCAAAUGGAGAAAUGUAUUUUUACCCCAACAGUGGAUUCCAAGAUUUUAUGUUCCUGAUGGAGAAGCAGACAAACAAGAACCCCACUAUUGUAUUCUAGAAAAUAUACUGCACUCAUGACUGCACUGCUGAUUUUCUAUAAAUGAAUCUGGUCGCUUAUACACGGCACUUUGUCUUUCUGCCAUUGUUUUUAUUUGGGAAUUAGCCAAUGUUUAGCCAUGGAUCAAUCAACUAUGUUCAGUGGGAUCCGCAAACUUGUAAAUAUAACAGGAAACAUCAACAGUCAAUCCUAGCAAGCCAGCCAAAAAUCUGAUAUUAAUGUAGAUGUCAGAUGUACGAAGUUCUAUUUAGUUUUUGAUAAUAUGUACAUAUUCUUGUCAGCAGAAUUGAUUGAUAUUAGCUUAUAUUUUAAAAGUGAUGUUUAUGUAGGUGUAUUAAUGAACUCCCAAAACUAAAUCUAUUAGGAAUAGUUACAAGGAAGACCCAUGUGUGAGGUUGCCUUUAAUAAUAUUUUUUGGUGUCUGCAGUGCUGUAUACAUAGCGAUGUUCACAAUGUAGGCACCACAAGUACAUGUACUCCUUUCAGCAGUGUUUCUCAGCACUGUGAUAAUUGUUGGUAAAAUCAAUGUGGACAGAAAUUCUCUGCAGCAAUUUCAAGGAAGUGAACUCGCUAGAAUAGGAGUGAUAAAUAUAGUACAACACUUAGAGUCUAUCAAUAGUCUGCUAACAUCACAGUGUUCUUAAGAAUGCACAGUAUUGUUUGAAUUUGAAUUUAACCUCACACAAGCAGAAAUUUAGGAAGCAUUGCUGUGUGGAAAUGGCUUUGAAGGACGUGCCUGUUGUAUACAUAUGAUCUAAUGUCCAGGCAAAGAAUAAGGCAAAGAUUGCAGAAUAAUAGUAAUACAGUAACAACAGAUGGCAUGAGUAUCCUUACUAUUCUCUGGAGCUAACAAUAAAUGUGAAUGUUGUUUGUGUUUACAAAUUUAUGAAAUAUUGACAAACUUGUUAAGCAACAUCCAUGCUAUUUAGCAGUACGCUGUGUUCAGACUACAAAUCUAAGUCAUGUAUUGAGAAAGUGUACAAUGUAUUACAUAUUGAAAUAUUUCAACUCAGGAUUAAAAUUGCAGCCCUCUCUAUCCCAUGUGAAUAAUAAUACAAUGUAUAUGUUAAUGUAUUUUUACCCCACAUAUGUAAAUUAUGGUUAAAUCAGUGAUGUAGUGUGGGAUGGACACAAACUUUUCUAUGUCUUUCAAAGCUAAUGAACUACAGUUUGGCUACAGACAAAGUAUCAUAAGGUUAACUGGAUGGCAUGACAUGUUUUGUACCCUGUAUAGUAUCUUUUUCAGUUAUUUAGGCCUACUUUUCAGUCAGAGAGAUUUCUUGAUACAGCAAUUUUAUCUUGGACCUUUCAUGUAUGGCACUGUAGUAAUUCUGUCCAGGUAAUAUAGGGCCAUGUUUCCUGUAAAUCUGGAUUAUUGCUCAGUACAGCUCAUUCCAGGAUAAUAUCUGAUGAGGCAAGUAACUUCAUGUACCGUAACUGAGAUGAGUGGGACCUGACUUGACUUGAAACAUGGCAUUGCUGUACCAGUAGUUUGAAUCUGGCGGGAGAGUCAAAUACAUUACUUCUGAUAAGUAUUGGGUUUUAACCAGGUUAUUACCUUUCUGUAAUUCAUAUAGAAAGGCCACAUUUAUAAAAAGACCGAAAAAUGAAAUAGACCCCUGGGAGAAGGUCAUAAUGUAUCCAAGCAUGCAAUGUUCAUCUCACACUUGCAUGGAAAUACCUACAAACAUGGAAGUCUUUCUAACUAAAGGGAAUUUGUAAUAUUGUGCCAAUUCCUGUCUUAUUUAUUUAUUUAUUUAUUUAUUUAUUUAUUGGUAAGUUGCACUUAAUUCCUUUAUUUUUUCCCAAUUGCACUUUGAAUUUUUUUUAUCCAUGCAGGUAUUACAAUUAGCAUUGCUUUUCCCCCCUUUCGUUUUUAUUCCUUUUUUAUUCUGGUAUCACAGCACAAACAUUGUUAAGAGUAAAUGUCUGAUAAGGCCAGUAGAAUACCCUUUUCACAAAGACAGCUUUACAAUCCAUAAGUAAUUAUAAAUAGAUUUUAUACAUGUUUUGAUCAUCCAUGUCAGGUCAAUCAGUUUUUACAAUUCUGACCAAGUUAGAGAUGAUUGAAUUCAAAGAGAAUAUGGACAUAGUAAUUGUAAAGGACAGCAAAUAAGCUGGGUUGGGUCAUUUCGUGUGUACAAAUGUCCUGUGUAACAGUCAUAAGAAGAUACAGGUCACUCAACUGUACAUGUAUAACUGUAAAAAUUGCCCAUAUAAAGUUGUAAAGCCACCUACUUACUGCAUGUGUGCUGUAAUGUUUCACUGGGACACCAUACACAGGGCGUGUAUCCAGAGAUAUGGAAGUUGUAUUGAUUUAUAUAUUCUUCACACCAUAACCCAGGAUGUAUAUAAAACAAAUAUUGGACCUGUAGAAAUUAUUUGAUAUUCUACUCUGCCUGACACCGUGUGAGCCGUGUCUGAAGACAGCAAGUGAACUGUGUCGAAACACGUGCUUCUAACUGUUGGUGAAAAAGUGUACAAUUUUCCCGUUUUGUUUUUAUUAAUUAAAAUAGUAUACAUAUUAUUAACGUCAAGGUUGUUUUGGAUUUUUUGCGGGUGCAACAUGUCCUGUUACAAAGAAAACUAGAAAAUAAAGCAUUGAUGUCAUUAUUUA